GUUGAGCUGUUAGAAGAGGUUGUAGAGGUGCUGAACAACAUCUUAAGCAUUUCACCCUCAACCGUCACAUAACCAAACACAUGAUUUUGCUAUUGAUGCACUUAAUUCAUUUAUAAUAAACAACACUAAAUAUUAGAAGACCUUUGAGAUAGCAGGAAGCAUCAACAAGGAAACAAAGAGACCGGACAACUUCCCAGAGCGGAAUCUCCAAACUUACCUAAUUCCUUACUCAUCUCCUCUCGACCUCUUUCUUUCUCUCGAACCAUCUUCCCCGAGCCGUCCGACGACGAUUCAAAAUCAUUUUCCCAAGACUCACCACCAUCACCAGAUCCAUCCUCCGGCAAAACGCUUGAUCAUGUCGUUGACAAGAACGCGCAUUGCCUCCCGCGCUGCCGCAAACUCGCUGCUCUCGCAAUCCGGCCGUGCUUCAAAUCUGCUGGCUAUCCCGACCGCCGGCUCCAGCAGCACAUUGUUCUCGCCCGCAUCACUUGGCUCUGUUCGAUAUGCCUCCAACUCCGGGCUCAAUUUUUUUGCCAGCUCGCGACUUCCUUCAAACACUAUAAUCAGAUUCGUGCCUCAGCAGACCGCGUGGGUGGUCGAGCGCAUGGGCAAGUUCAACAGAAUAUUGGAGCCCGGUCUUGCGAUCUUGAUUCCGUUUCUGGAUAAAAUCAAAUACGUGCGAUCGCUAAAAGAAGCCGCGAUCGAGAUCCCGAGUCAGAGCGCGAUCACCGCUGAUAAUGUCACCCUAGAUAUUGAUGGCGUCUUAUAUAUCCGCGUUGUGGACGCAUACAAGGCGAGCUACGGAGUUGAGGACGCAGAAUAUGCCGUCACUCAGCUUGCGCAGACAACCAUGCGAAGUGAGAUCGGCCAAAUGACGCUCGACCACGUCCUGAAAGAGAGACAAUCUCUCAACACGCACAUCACACAGGCUUUGAACGAAGCCGCCGAAGACUGGGGCGUCAAAUGCCUGCGCUACGAAAUCCGCGACAUCCACCCUCCCGCGAACGUUCUCGACGCGAUGCACAGACAAGUCUCUGCCGAUCGUUCGAAGCGCGCCGAGAUUCUCGAGUCUGAAGGUCAACGCCAGUCCGCGAUCAACAUCGCCGAAGGUCAGCGCGAGGCCGUCAUCCUUGCCUCUGAGGCCGAGAAAGCCGAGCAGAUCAACCGAGCGAUGGGUGAGGCCGAGGCAAUCAGAUUGAAGGCUGAGGCUACGGCCGAGGGACUCCGGAAGGUUGCUGCUGCGUUGGGCGAUCCCAAGAGCGGCGAGGCUGUUUCGUUGCAGGUUGCGGAGAAGUACGUCGAGGCGUUUGCGAACGUCGCCAAGGAGUCUACUACUGUUUUGUUGCCCUCACAGUUGGGCGACAUUAGCAGUUUUAUUGCCAGUGGAAUGGGAAUCUACAACCAGGUCAAGGACAAGAAGACUACUGAGAAGUCGUCAUAAUCUCCAGUCAAAAUAACCACCUAUGAAUAAAGAAUAAAGCAUUCUAAAUAACUAGUAGG